GUAUAAAAUGUAAGACAACAUUAGAAUCAUAUGAUAAAAGGGUUUUUAACAAUAACAUAGUUGUUACAUGUUAAUCUAUUGUUUUUUGAUUUUCCCUCAGUGUACAUUAUUAUUUUUGGUAUAUUUUCAAGUACCUAUCAACACUCAAUACAAAUGUUUGGCUACUUACUCAUGUCCGCACACUCAUCAGAUAAUUGUUCGGGAUGAGAGAUCAAUGAAUGAUCAGCAUACGAUAAGUUUCGUUAUCACUGUCCAGUGCGAAGUCCAGACGCUUUGAUAAAGAAUCGCGACUGCGCAAGUUUGCCAAUAAAACGGUGGAUAGAUGGCGCGGAAAACAGAAAUCAAUCAUUAGAUCCGUCCGCUCAUAAUAAUAUUAUAUUUUAUUAUUUAAAAUAUAUUAUUUUGCGAAUUGGCCGAUUGCAAUCCGAUCAUUGGAUAUUUGGAUGAACAAUAUAAAAUAGCGAUCGACGAAUAUUUAAAAGUGAAAUCUGCAGCGCACUUUAUACGCAUAAUACGACUUUUUACGUUAUGGUCUUUUUAUGCGGUUUAUACCGACAAAUGAUUUUGAAACAAAUACCUACACAAUAAUUACCGGCGUCGAUAUGAAAUUACAAUAAUCCGCAGGGCCGCUCACGGUGGGUACCAGACACAAUACCGUCAUAAAUUCAGAUGAUCAGAUUAACAUCAACACAUCAUCAUAUUUUCUACAGUACGUAUAAUCGUCGUCAACAAGAAGGUUUAUGUUGUGGUUUAGUGCCUGUACGCGUUAUAAUAUAUCGACGACUGUUAUCAAAAAACUCCGUUUACCCGCGCUAGUACCUACCUAUUAUUGUAUUACAAUCUAUCUAUCAAAUCGUAUUAAAGGAACAUAAAUAAUGUUUUGGAUCAUCGGCGUAAUACUAUUUGGUGUAUUGUAUGCUGGUUACCUGUGGCGUUCCAACAGAAACUUACCCCCAGGCCCUUGGGGUGUUCCAAUUUUCGGCUAUCUACCGUGGUUAAAUCCAACCGAACCUUACAAAACGUUAACGGCGCUGGCUUGUAAGUAUGGGCCGAUUUACAGCAUUCAGAUGGGCAAACAUUUUGCAGUCGUUAUGUCGGACCCGACACUGGUUAGAAUGGCAUUAGCGAGGAACGAACUGGCAGAUCGCACCAACUUCGAAGUUGUCAACGAAAUAAUGCAAGAACAUGGUUUGAUAUUUACACACGGGCCUCUUUGGAAAGAACAGCGAAAAUUUGUUUGCAAUUGGCUUAAGGUGAUCGGCGUGACCAAGUUCGGGGACAAGAAAAAUAACUUACAACUACUUAUUGCCGACGCCGUGUCUACUACGAUCUCGAAAUUACGUCAAUCAAAUAAUUGUCCGAUUGACACGGGGACGUUUUUUCUUGUACACAUAGGAGAUUUUAUAAAUCUCAUAGUGUUGGGUAAAGCGUGGCCAGAAGAUGACCCUAAUUGGAUUUAUUUACGAAAUUUGGCUGAAGACGGAUCCAAAAAAUUCGCCAUAGCCACUCCAUUGAGUGUUUUGCCAAUAUUGAAGAUAAUACCGAAAUACAGAAAUACUGUUUUUGAAGUAAUCGAGGGAGUUAAGAAUACGCAUCUCAUAUAUAAAACUUUGAUGGAGAAACGAGGCAACGAAAUCCACGAAAGUGACGAUCUGAUGGCCAUGUUCAUGAAAGAAAUGACGAAGAGAACAAAUGACAAGGAUUCCCAUCACUUCACAGAAAAACAAUGUUGUUUUCUUCUGUCUGAUCUUUUUGGUGCUGGUGUCGAAACAACCGUAAAUACCCUAAGAUGGUUUCUUCUGUACAUGGCUUUAAACCAAGGAAUACAGAACGACUUACAGAAAUUGCUGGAUUCCGCGUGUACCGAUGAUGGUGGAUUAAUAGAUUUGGAGCAAAUAGAAAGCAUUCCACUGCUAAAAGCUUGCGUGUCUGAAACGAUGCGAUUACGGCCAGUGGCUCCGUCUGGGAUACCGCGGUCGGUGAACACCGAAAUUAUGAUUUCGGGAUACCGCAUACCAAAAGGGACCAUGGUUUUACCGCUGCAGUGGGCAAUGCACCACGACGAAAAUUAUUGGACGGACCCGGAGACGUUCCGACCGAAAAGAUUUUUGGACGACGAAGGGAAUAUGAUCAACCACAAGGCCUUCAUGCCAUUUCAAGCCGGUAAGAGAGCUUGUGUCGGAGACACGCUUUCCUAUUGGAUGCUCUAUCUGUUCGGUGCAAAUAUAAUUCACAAUUUCAACGUUUCCGCAGAACAAGGUCUAUCUGAAAAAGAAAUCAACACCAUCAUGGACGGAGAGUUUGGCAUAACGCUCAGUCCGGCCACGCACAACGUUGUUUUUAAAUCUCGAAUUUAAUAUUGUGAAUCGGUUCGAAAUUCAUUUUCAAUCGACCAUAAAAAUAUGAUCUUUAACUAAAAUAUAUAAAAGUACA